AUGAUUCGAAAGGAUAGACCGACCAAUAUAGCACAAAUAAACAAUGGAAUACCGAGAGGUCUCACCGAGAAGGAAUGGAUGAUUCCCCAGCUGCAGAACUGGAAUUGGUCGAUUGUUGUACCGAAUUAUUCGCCCACCCUGGAAGAACCGGAAUCAAAGGUGGAAUCCAACUGGCCAGCCCCAAUGAUAUUCAAAAAUGGAAGAAAGCCAACACCAACACCCAGCGAGACAUCCAGCAGCGAUAGCCACCGCAGAUCACCGACUGAGGGGUCUUUCUCGUGGCCGAGAUCACCAAGCAGGAGAUCAGAGCCGCCAACGCUUUCCAAGACAGAAGAGUAUCUUGCACAUAUCCCCGCCCCGAAAUUGAAUCGAUUCUACCAGAACAGAGACGUCAAAGACAUCCUCACUGGCCCCGAGAACUAUUCCCGGUGGGCUCUGAACAAGAAGCGCCAAUUCGUCAGUUCCAACGUGUGGCUGAUGAUAUCGGAAGACCUAAGCCCCGUGCCAGGAAGUAGCAACUACCACGUGUACUGGCACAAGCUGUUCAAAAAGGCGUGGUUCGGUAUCAUGGAAAGCGUGUCUCCAGAGAUACGUCGGAUCCUCAAUUCCGACUGGCAUGGGAACCCGCGCGGAGCUUGGUUCUAUCUGGAGAGGACGUACGCCUCAGUAACGGCUACCACGCUUUGUUCUAUGAGGGGUGUUCGUGACAUGCUUGAUCUCAAGUAUGAGGAGUGUGUGUCUCUAACAGAUUUCCUUGGUCUCAUGGUGCGGUAUUUUCGAUCAAUCGAGUGCAAUCAGCAGGGAAAGCAGGGUACUGAAUGGCUGUGGUGUCAAUUUGUUUUAAUGAAACUGGGGCCAAAGUGGGCGUCUUGGGUUGCUGAUUUGAUGGAUGAAAUUGAAAACGCAGAGAGUCCAUUAGACUCGUUAGUCGAUAUGCACCGAUUGGCGGAGGAACUUCUGAAUGAGGAUGAAGAACGCAGGCAGGCGGAGUUUCAGCGGCGCUUAAUUGCAGGGGAAGAUGGGAAGGAGAGAUUUACUUUAUCCUGA